ACGAGGGGCGGAUUUGGAUAGCGGCAGGCGGCAGGCGUCCGCUAGGGGUUGAACGCUGGGCCGCCGCUUCGCGCUUGCGCACGUAGUUCGCGCCACAGCUACGUCGCUUGCAAGCCAGAUGUUCUGAAAAGCUUCCUGUCGCCGUUCCAAUGCUCUGCAUUUUAUCUAAUUAGUUAUUGUAAAAUGUGCACUAGGACAGUCUUAUUAUUUUCUUUAACUAGUGAAACAUUUAGUGAAUAAAUUAACAUGUGUAUUGUAUAAACUGUGUGUUGUAACUAAAAUUUAUCGAGCGUCUCAAUGUCCACGAGUUCAUUCGGGACCAACAAAGCGGCGGACAUUUUAUUUUGAGUACUCGAUAAUGUAGCGUUUGCGUCGAAAACAUUAAUGUCGUUUUAUGGUUAUAAAUUCGCAUAUCGUUCGCUUACACCUUUCCGAUGCCGAGGGGGGUGAAGCGAGGGCCGGCGGAGGGCGAGGCAGAGGUGGUGGUGCGUGCUGGGGCGUCUCCAUCGCAUACCACGCUACUGGAUGACAGCCCCAGUCAGCCUAUCAGCUAUCACCUGCUCGACCACGGCUAUGGCGCCACUCCACAGCAUCAGAUCAGGCGUGAGGCGCCUUCCGCACCGCCGAAGACAUCAGAGGCGGUGAAAAGAAGACUGAACCUGAGCGAGAGUAGUUCAGGCAGCCAGGGCCACGUGGUGCCCAUGAAGGCGGACUUCAAGACGCCCAAACAGAAACGCGUCAAAGUGCUCACCCCCUACAGCCGACCGUCCAGUUCUAUGAAAAAGUACACCGAACGUUCCAGAAUUCCUUGUUCCAGGUUUGACACAUCAUUAGGUUUACUCACGAAAAAAUUCGUCGCUCUUCUGAAGUCGUCACCCAACGGGGUUCUCGAUUUGAACGUAGCGGCGGAACGCUUAUCGGUCCAAAAACGUCGUAUUUACGAUAUCACUAAUGUUUUAGAGGGUAUAGGUAUAUUAGAGAAGAGAUCAAAAAACAACAUACAAUGGAAAUAUGGUGUGGGCGGCGGUUCCGCGGCGGGCGCGGGCGUGGAGGCCGACGAGUCGCGUGCGAGGCGACUCCGACGCGAGGUCCGCACGCUCGCCGCGCGGGAAGCGCGCGUCACGCGAGCGGUGCAGCUCGCCGAGACUGCGCUCAGCUGCCUUUCGGGCGAGCACGGAGCCCUAGCUUACAUCACGUACGCGGAUCUGCGCUCGAUACGGGACUUCAGGAACCAAACCGUGAUACCCAUCAAGGCCCCCCCAGAUACCAGGCUCAGUGUACCUCACCCAGAUGAGAAAGGCUACAUGAUCCACCUGAAGUCGAUGUCGGGUGAGAUCGAAGUGUUCCUCUGCCCCAAGGAGCGGCCAGCGUCGCCUUCGCCUUCGUCCGGGCUGCUACCAUCGGACCCCUUACUCGAGGACAAUAAAGCGCUGCUGGCGCCUCUUAUAGCGCAUCUACAGUCGCUGCCUAACAACACAGUUACCGCUAGCUUUACGACACCAAUAAAGCGCGAGCCGCCGGACGAGGAGGCCAGCGGGCCGUCGCGGCUGUCGACGCCGUGCGUCACCGACCCCACGCUGUCGCUGCUGCCGCGCACGCCUGCCCGCACGCCGCCGCCGCUGCACGCGCUGCACACGCCGCUCACCACGCCCGACAACGGCACGGCGAGAGGUCGGCUGCGGAACGCGUUGAUAGCGGACAGCGACGACUUCGCGCCCAUCAUGGGCGGCGGCCGCUUCCAACUGCAGACCGAAGAUCAGGAAUCAGAAGCGCUGGAGCUUGAGCCGUUCCUCGCGCUGGAGCCGCCAAUGUCGGCCACCGACUACGGCUUCUGCCUCGACCACGACGAGGGCCUGUCGGAGCUGUUCGACUUCCAGUUCUAGGCCACGCCCACCCCACGACGGUGCGACUGUUUUGUUACUCUGCCGCCGGAAUACUGACAGACUCGUUACAAUCGAUAUCGAUAAAAAAUCAAGAACAUCUCUAUCAGUUCCAAACUGUUAGUGGACCUUAUUGGGUUAGGUUUUAUGAAGUUGCACAUAACGAAGCCCUGACAAUAUUCCGGCGGCGACUCGUUGUUGUCGGCUGUUGAAAGAGUUCCUUCACCCAAACUACCGAUGAAACAUUUGAAAUAAUUGUUAAACGUUUACGUUACAAUGUUGAACGCUGACUUAUCUCGUUGAAAAUUCAAGAGUGAAGUUUUUGAUACUGGUUGAUGGUUGAAGCAAUUUAUCAACCGCGCAAGCCGUUGGCGGCCUUAAAUUUUUAUGUUGUGCCUGGCAUGUCCCUUGUCCACGAUAUCGAUAAAAA